AUGUCGGCGAUUUCGCUCUUAAAUCCCAAGGCUGAGGUGGCUCGGGCGGCCCAGGCCUUGGCCGUGAAUAUCAGUGCGGCCAAGGGCAUCCAGGACGUGCUCAAGACCAACCUGGGUCCGCGGGGCACGAUGAAGAUGUUGGUGUCGGGCUCGGGCGACGUCAAGAUCACCAAGGACGGGAAUGUGUUGUUGCACGAGAUGCAGAUCCAGCAUCCCACGGCCUCGCUCAUCGCCCGUGCUUCCACGGCUCAGGAUGAUGUAACUGGCGAUGGAACAACAUCGACGGUUCUCUUGAUUGGCGAGUUCCUGAAGCAAGCCGAACUAUAUAUCUCGGAGGGUCUUCACCCGCGUGUCGUCACCGAAGGCUUCGAAGUGGCCAAAAACAAGGCCCUCCAGAUCCUGGAGGACAUGAAGGUGCCCAUCUCCGAUGCUGAUCGUAAGGACGUGCUCACCAAGAUCGCCGCCACGUCACUCAAGACCAAGAUUCAUCCCAAGAUGGCCGAUCAACUCACGGACAUCUGUGUGGAAGCUGUCUUGUCCUUGGACCAGAAGCUGUUGGAUCUGCACAUGGUGGAGAUCAUGGAAAUGCAACAUCGAACCGAUUCGGACACGGCCUUGGUCAAAGGCUUGGUCAUGGAUCACGGUGGGCGGCAUCCCGAUAUGCCCAAGAAGCUGACCAAUUGCUAUAUCCUCACUUGCAAUGUGAGCAUGGAGUAUGAGAAGACGGAAGUGAAUUCCGGCUUCUUCUACAAAUCUGCGGGUGAGCGCGAGAAAUUGAUCACGGCCGAGAGAAAGUUCAUCGAAGACCGUGUCAAGAAGGUGAUUGAUUUCAAGAAAAAAGUCUGUGAUGGCAAAGACAAGACUUUCGUCAUCAUCAACCAGAAAGGAAUUGACCCUCUGUCUUUGGACGCGUUGGCCCGUGAAGGUAUCUUGGCUCUCCGUCGUGCCAAACGACGAAACAUGGAGCGAAUGGCUUUAGCUUGCGGAGGCACGGCCAUGAACACCUUGGAUGACUUGGACGAGAGUUGCUUGGGGGAGGCUGGCUCCGUGUAUGAGCAUGUGUUGGGCGAGAACAAGUUCACCUUUGUGGAGGAAUGCAAGAACCCUCAGAGCGUGACCAUUCUCCUCAAAGGCCCCAACAAGCAUUCCUUGACUCAAAUGAGGGAUGCCGUCCGUGAUGGAUUGAGAGCGGUCAAGAAUGCUCUCGAUGAUGGCUGCGUGGUUCCCGGAGCUGGAGCUUACGAAGUGUCCGCUCAUUUGGCCUUGCGGAAGGCUCUGGAGACCAUCAAAGGCAAGGAGAGGCUAGGCAUUCAAGCCUAUGCUGAUGGCUUGCUCGUCAUCCCGAAAGUGUUGGCCCUGAACUCGGGGUAUGAUCAACAGGAGGUUCUGGUGAAGCUUCUGUCCGAGACCACGGACUCGGGCCACCCCGUAGGCAUGGAUGCGGCCACAGGCGAACCCGUGAAUCCCAUAGAAAUGGGAAUUCUGGACAACUACAGUGUCAAGAAGCAGAUGAUCAACUCUUGCACCGUGAUUGCAUCCAACCUCCUACUGGUGGAUGAGAUCAUGCGAGCCGGUCUCUCUUCGUUGAAGGGCGGACCCUGAAGUGACCUUGACAGCGACGCUGAUUUUUAUGAUCUGCAUACUCAAACUCUGCCUUAUUUCAUGAAUAAACUCGUGAAACGGA